AUGUUAGUUGCGACAAAGCUGAGACACAGCUUGGCUUCUUCAUCCUCUCUGUCACGCUACACAUCAUCCUCUCUGUCACGCUACACAUCAUCCUCUCUGUCACGCUACACAUCAUCCUCUCUGUCACGCUACACAUCAUCCACUCUGUCACGCUACACAUCAUCCACUCUGUCACGCUACACAUCAUCCACUCUGUCACGCUACACAUCAUCCACUCUGUCACGCUACACAUCAUCCACUCUGUCACGCUACACAUCAUCCACUCUGUCACGCUACACAUCAUCCACUCUAUCACGCUACACAUCAUCCACUCUAUCACGCUACACAUCAUCCACUCUGUCACGCUACACAUCAUCCACUCUGUCACGCUACACAUCAUCCACUCUAUCACGCUACACAUCAUCCUCUCUGUCACGCUACACAUCAUCCACUCUGUCACGCUACACAUCAUCCACUCUGUCACGCUACACAUCAUCCACUCUGUCACGCUACACAUCAUCCACUCUGUCACGCUACACAUCAUCCACUCUAUCACGCUACACAUCAUCCACUCUAUCACGCUACACAUCAUCCACUCUGUCACGCUACACAUCAUCCACUCUGUCACGCUACACAUCAUCCACUCUAUCACGCUACACAUCAUCCACUCUAUCACGCUACACAUCAUCCACUCUGUCACGCUACACAUCAUCCACUCUGUCACGCUACACAUCAUCCACUCUGUCACGCUACACAUCAUCCACUCUGUCACGCUACACAUCAUCCACUCUGUCACGCUACACAUCAUCCACUCUGUCACGCUACACAUCAUCCACUCUGUCACGCUACACAUCAUCCACUCUGUCACGCUACACAUCAUCCACUCUGUCACGCUACACAUCAUCCACUCUGUCACGCUACACAUCAUCCACUCUGUCACGCUACACAUCAUCCACUCUGUCACGCUACACAUCAUCCACUCUGUCACGCUACACAUCAUCCACUCUGUCACGCUACACAUCAUCCACUCUGUCACGCUACACAUCAUCCACUCUGUCACGCUACACAUCAUCCACUCUGUCACGCUACACAUCAUCCACUCUGUCACGCUACACAUCAUCCACUCUGUCACGCUACACAUCAUCCACUCUGUCACGCUACACAUCAUCCACUCUGUCACGCUACACAUCAUCCACUCUGUCACGCUACACAUCAUCCACUCUAUCACGCUACACAUCAUCCACUCUAUCACGCUACACAUCAUCCACUCUGUCACGCUACACAUCAUCCACUCUAUCACGCUACACAUCAUCCACUCUGUCACGCUACACAUCAUCCACUCUGUCACGCUACACAUCAUCCACUCUGUCACGCUACACAUCAUCCACUCUGUCACGCUACACAUCAUCCACUCUGUCACGCUACACAUCAUCCACUCUAUCACGCUACACAUCAUCCACUCUAUCACGCUACACAUCAUCCACUCUGUCACGCUACACAUCAUCCACUCUAUCACGCUACACAUCAUCCACUCUAUCACGCUACACAUCAUCCACUCUGUCACGCUACACAUCAUCCACUCUGUCACUACACAUCAUCCACUCUAUCACGCUACACAUCAUCCACUCUGUCACGCUACACAUCAUCCACUCUAUCACGCUACACAUCAUCCACUCUGUGACACACGUUACUCCGAAAAAUUCAACUCUGGGAGUAACAUCAAGUCUAUGUUCUUUGUAUAUAGACUCCACUCAUAGACGGGCACAGGUGACCAAUCAGUAA